AUGGCCCGAAGUGCUCUCUACUGUCUCUUGACUCUGCUCCCGGCCGCUUCGUAUGCGUACUCUGGCACGGCUCCUAUCGUCGCGUGGUCGUCACACAGCUCGAAUGCGCUGAACUCGGCAUCCUCAGAAGGAUAUAUCAACCCUGUCGCCGCACUUGAAGACAUACUCUUGAAUGGCGCGGCAUGCCAGCAUGAUGCCAUUAUUCUGGUUGACCAGAAAGGCUUGCACGCCUCCGACCUCCGCAACCUCCCUUCCUCAAGCUCUCUCGCACAGACUCUGAACAGCGCAGUCUCUACCCUGGAGCUGCCCUACGUAGCCCGCAGCGUCUCGAACCCAUUCUCGAGCCUCGCCGGGACUGUCGCUGACCGCUGCGGAGCACGCGUGGUCAGUCAUGCACCCGGCCAGGCCGAUACUGCUCUGAGCGGGAAGGAGAAGCACGUCGUGUGCGUGGAGAUGCCGUCUCUGGACGGUUUCGAGGGUGCAGACAGGAGGAAAGCUGUGGCCGAACACGACGCUAGCCUCUCUUCCGCCCUCACAAAACUCGCAGAGACGUUCCCAAGUCACCUCGUCGUCUACGCAGGCUGGCACCCUUCUCUCCACGUCCGCCAAUCCUCCCCCUUCACCUCCAAUCUCACCUCCACCGCCGCCUUCGCAACGCCGUCAGGAGGUAUCCUGGCCCGCUACCAGCUGCUCACGCCCGGCCUCAUCCUCGCGCUUGCCGUUGGCUUCUUCCUUCUCGUGCCAAUUGUGUUGAUGGGAAUCUCUGCCCUGGCAAGCAUCCAGUCUCCCCUGCAGGGAGAGGCACCGAAAGGCUACAUCGCUUCGGAGAAGAAGAGCCAGUGA